CUAAUUAGGGAAAAAAUGUAUUUUGUAGCACAGUGUAAUUAUUCUCCCGUUCCCAUUUACAUGCAUUUUCAUUUGUCCGGUCUCUUUUUUGUCGACCCUGAUACAAAAGACUUGAAACGGUUUUGGUUUUUGGAUGCCAUUUCACACACCACCACACACACACACUCUCAUUAUCGUUGGUUCUAUUUGUGGUCCACACUUGUGUCGGACGACGUCACACUCACACAAACCCAUCUUAAACGAAUUUUAAAGUCUUUUUGCACAAACAUGUCGGAAAACAAACGCAUUAAAACUGAACCUUAUUUCUCAGACGACUCUGAAUGCACCUCGUACGCCCUACAAGGUCAAAAUAUUAAAAUUGAAAGUGAGCCAUACCCAUAUGAUGUUUAUCAAUUUGUGAAACCGGAAGAGGAAGCGUCUAAAAAUCCAGAAUAUACUCCUCCUGCCAUUGCAAUUAAACAAGAACCUUUAGAAAUAAUAUCCGAACCUCCGCCCUUUCUGGCCCUUAAAUGUAUUGGCUGUACGGAAACAUUUAACAACGACAAAUUGUUGCGACAACAUUUUCUUCAACAGCAUGCUCGAACAAAUGAUCAUCAACAGAUCAACUUGCCAAAGUUGGAAAUCAUUGAUAUACCUGAACUAGGCAGAUAUAAAGAAGAAGUCUUAAACAACGAUGAGGUGGUUUCGCAACCUUUUCUUCAUGAUGUCCAACAAAUCACCUUGCCCAAAUUGGAAAUCAAUGAUGUACCUGAAAAGGGUGAAGAGGGAUGCGAAGAAACCUUUAACAAUGGAGAAGAGUUGAACGAAAUCAUGGGGGAUCAUAACAAAAAUCCCAUUGAUGAUGAUGAUGACGAAGACAUGAUGAACAUGGAAGAGGACGAGGAGGAGGAGGAUACUGAUGAUGCUGAAGACAACGAAAGCGAUUCAAAUGGAAUUCGGCGAAAAUUCAGAGAACCGCCUCUAAUUGCCCGCCUACGCUCACAACCGGCCAAUUGGCAGCCAAUUAUGAACUGUACCGAAUGUCCAGAGACCUUUACGGAAUAUUGUCUGUUGAGCCAGCAUUUCACCCAGGCACAUCUAAACCGUGAUUUUCACAUAAUUUGUUGUGAGCGUAAAUUUUCCACACAACGACACAUUGAAGAACACUUCAGUCUGCAUCGUGACCCCAAUCAGUUUAAAUGUAAAAAAUGUGGCCGAUAUUACACGUCUAGAGAGGGGGUGAUGACGCAUAUGAAACGAUUCCAUACAUCGUCUGUGGAAAAGGAGUUUGCUUGCAAAAAAUGCACUCAAAGUUUUACCACACAAAGAGGUCUAAAUUUACAUGACAACGUGGUGCAUCAAACAUCAGUGGCACGACCCCAACCCACAGUGACCGUAAUGGAAAAUGGCCAAACAAUAUAUGGCUGCAAACACUGCGGUUAUACCUGUGAUAGUAAACGAAAAUUUUCCAAUCAUUGGUCCCAUGUUCAUCGCCAGGUGCCAGGCUAUAAAUGUCAGAAGUGUGGUAAAGUUGAUAGAAUCGAUGCCCUGCGCAAACAUCUCAGAACCCAUUCGACCAAUUUGAAAUGCCCCGCCUGUGGUAAACAGUGUAAACGAAAGAAUGAUCUAACAUGUCACAUUACCACCAAACAUAGCGCCAAUAAAGAAGAGAUCCUCAAAAAACUAUUGGAAACCGAAGAACCGCUUCCAGAGGCCAUAAAUAUCAUCAAAACCGGAGAUUUCAUUUGUAAUUACUGUAAUCAUGUAAGCGAUAGUGUGGAUGCUUUACUUUUGCACAUCGAGGAGAGUCACAAGCGGGAGCACAAAUGCCAUUUGUGUAAUAUGGCGUUUCGUGUCAGACGUGGUCUCAUUUGCCAUCUAAAUCGACACAAGGGGGAUGGCAACACUAAACCUAAUGUUGCUGCUGACGAUAACGAUGAUGCGUCUCAAUCGAAUUCCCCCACGACUCAGGUAGAAAAGGAGGAAUAAAUUUUGUGAGUUUUGCGAUAGGGAAUUUUGUUUUGCAAAGGCAUUGAAAAAGCAUCGGAUUAAUACGCAUUUAAAGGAGAGUUAAAGAGGUGGAACUGGGAAUGAACGCCAAAAAUGAAAAAAAAAAAAAACAGGAGAAAAAUCCUAAAAAAAAGCUUCUAAUAGCUCCCAAGUAUGUGAGACCUACCAUGUCUCGAAUUGUAAACUUUUUUAAAUCUCAUUUCUAGAGAUAAAUAAUUUUUUACAGGUCUUCACAAUUUUUGUAAAAUGUCUACCUUUAAAUAAAAAUAAUGGAAU